AUGGACUAUGUACUUUCGCCGUCGUUUAGAUAUAAGAUCGGCCGCGUUCUGGGCAACGGUUCGUUCGGAACGGUGUGCGAAGCGAUCUGCGAGGAAACCGGCGAACACGUGGCAAUCAAGAAAGUGCUGCAAGACCCUCGCUACAAGAACCGCGAGUUGUCUGUAAUGAUGCAGUUGCAUCACCCGAACAUCACGCGACUGAUCGACUACUGCUUUACCGAGGCGCCGAGUGCGGACAACGGGCAGCCGCAGCGGUACCUGAGUUUGGUGAUGGAGUACAUGCCGCAGAACAUGUACAACAUCAUCAAGGAGUCGAACGCGCAGGGGCGCGCCUGCUGCAUCGAUUACAAGUACAUUCAGCUGUACACCUACCAGAUCUUACGAGGACUGGGCUACAUCCACUCAAUAGGCUUGUGCCACCGCGACUUGAAGCCGCAUAACAUUCUGGCCGACCAAAAGACGCACAUAGUAAAGCUGUACCUUUGGUCAAUGGGCUGUGUGUUCGGCGAAAUGAUUUUGGGCAAACCGCUGUUCGCAGGGCGCACGAGUGUGGAGCAGCUCGUCAAAAUUAUCCAGGUGAUGGGUUCGCCGAACUCCGUCCAGAUUUCGGAAAUGAACAAAAAGUACGCGAACUUCAGCUUUCCGCCUUUUCCUUCGAAGCCGCUCUCGAUACUUUUCGAAAGCAAGGUGGACGUGAAUCCGCACGCUAUCGAGUUGGCGAGCGCGCUGCUGCAGUUCGUGCCGAGUCAGCGCAUCAAGCCGUACGAGGCGCUCGCGCUGCCGAUUUUCGACGACUUGCGCGACGAAGACUUCCGGCUCCCGGAUGGCAAGCGCCCGCCGCCGCUGUUCACCUUCUCGGAGCACGAACUGGCUCAGAUGAGCGAAAACACGCGCGCCAAGCUGGUGCCGCUUUGGGUGACGAGGCAGAAAAAUAUAAACUAA